AUGAUAAAGCUGACCACCGGAAUACAGUUUCUUUUACUGGCCAACAAUACUUUGAUCGUUUACCAAUUCGCAAACGGCUACGUACUCAAGGAUUCGUCACAACAAUGGGACGACCACAUGCAUAUCCUCAUCAACAUCUCAUCUUGCGGCACCCUCAUCGGACAAGCAUGGACCAAGUCGGCUUUUGGCGUGACGCUCAUCCGAAUGAGCAACCAGUGGCAGCGAUGGAUCCUUUAUUUCUGUAUCGUCACGAUGAACGUGUACAUGAUCGCCAAGGUUGUCCUUCAGUGGGCAAAAGUUUGCGGCAGCAAGAGCUACGACGCCGACUACCGCCUCAACAUUUGCCUCGAAAAGAACUUCCGCAACGACUUCAAGGAGGGUGGAAAUGUGUAUAACAUCAUUAUGGACUUCAUCUUUGCGUGCUUCCCCUGGCUGAUCACCCGAUCGCUGGAAAUGAGACGUGCUGAGAAAAUUGGCCUAUGCAUCACGAUGAGUUUAGGAAUGAUCGUCGCCAUUGUUGCCGCCAUCAGAGUCAGCUGGAAAGAUGAGGGCAACGGCCGUGACCAGUGGUACAUCUGGCGCAAUGGCCUGUCCCAAGUCUGGUACUCGUCGGAAAUUACCGGCACCAUCAUUGUGCAGUGCAUCCCCAUCCUGCGCCCAAUCCUCAGGGAAAUCCACACGUCCCUGACCUCCAAGAGACUGGGUUCGACCGCCGGCGGCCAGAGCACGACCUUUGGAAGCAAGCUCAGCAGCGGCAAGCGCAUGUCGACGGGCGUGGGCCAGAACGACAAGCAAGGGAACGAGAGGAUCGCGCUCCGCGAGAUCCCCGAGGAGCCCGUCGACGACGCAUUGUACUGGAAGUCGAGCCCCGCCCGCUCGUCCGACUCGACAACGAUGCCCUCCGAGACCGACUUCAAGCCUCGCCCGCCCACGGCGCCGCUGCCCGACAUGUGGCCGCUAUCAGGAAACGAGAGUGCGGAUCUCGGCGGCUCUCAGUCUGGCAAGAGCUUGGAUUUCGAGCACGACCCGCACGCCAUCUCCCAUCUGGAUAUCGAGCAGGGCCAUGUUCAGCAAGGGUUGUCGCCACCACCGCCUCGCAGGUAUCCUUACACGAGGGGAGCAGCAGCAGCAGCAGCAGAACGAAGACUCAUCUCCAUCCGGCAGAUGCAAUUGGACAUCCUUCACCUCAGUAGAGAAACGGCUUCGAGUACCAUGAGAAACAUGGAGAGAAUGAAGCGCGCAACAAAAGUGGUCUCUUCAUCACGCCCAAACCACCUUUACCACUUCCGCUUCUCCGCGCCAGCAAACCCGCUGCCGCUGUACCGGAUGUUCCGCCCCUGUGGCGGCUUCAUUCGGGGUCCGGGGUCCGGGGUCCGGGAUCCGAACUGA